GCGUGUAGCGUGGUGCGAUUCUCCUGCUGUUCAGAGAACCGCGUUCGGUCGUCCCAUUCAAUUCUAUUCUAUUUUUCCACCGCAAAGGUCGUGAUUGCCUUUCCCGGAGUUGCGGAAGGUGUCCGUCCCAGUUUGAGCUGCCUUCGAACGGAAUCGUGAAAGGGUUUCAGCCUACUUCAGCAGCAGAUUGGAAGUGACUCUUUAAUGCUCACCACAGCCAGCAGCAGACUCAUACGCUCACCGUGAGCUCUUGUUUUUGGCGGUCAUACUUUUACACGCGAGUGUUUUCUGUUUACAAUUUUCACGUUCAUUCAGUAGUUGCUCUUAAAAACUGGACAACAAGCGUUUAAAACACAAGCAGUCUGGCUAUCGGUUGAAGAGGCGCGUGACUUCACCAUUCACCUCGAGAUCUGCCCGCGCCCAGUCCGCCGUCGUCCACCCGUUUUGCGUUACACGCUCGCGCGUGUAUUAUAAAAUAAGAAACCCCGCGUGAAACAUUGUGUCACUGAGAUCGUGUUGUGUUUAUCCGUGUUUUGUGACGAGAGCGAGCGCGAGCUGCGGUGCGCCGAAUUUCAGCCGCGGGCUGUGCAGUGCGUACGGUUGUGUGACCGUGUAAAGACAGAUUUUGUGUGUGCGUGUGGAUUUCCGUGAGUCUGCCUGUCGCGUCUAUCGCGCUCCGCCGUAAUCACUUACGCGACUGAGGUCAAACUCGAUCGAAGAACGGUCUAAUCUUCCUCCCAGCAACGCGCGAGACAGGCGAUACGCGGUAGCAGUCAACACAAAAAGUCUAGCGAAAGUGCACCGCAAGCAAAGCGGGAGAGCAAGAAGAUGUCCUCGUUAAACCGCGAACUGUCCGAGGACAGCGCGUUUGCCGCUGGUCGCAACAGUUGGAAUCGCCACUAUCAUAACAGCGUCGUGCAGCCUCUUUUGACAGAUCUGUAUCAAAUAACGAUGGCUUAUGCGUACUGGAAGUCGGGCAAAAUCGACGAUCAUGCCGUGUUCGAUCUGUUCUUCCGCACGAACCCCUUUCAAGGCGAGUUUACGAUCUUCGCCGGGCUGGAGGAGUGUCUGAAGUUUCUCGACAGUUUCCACUACUCCGAAACAGACAUCGAAUAUCUGAAACAUGCCCUGCCCCAAGGCAUCGAGGACGAGUUUUUCGAUUAUUUGGCGCAACUCACGGCUAAGGACGUCACCUUGUACGCAAUCGAGGAGGGAUCGGUUGCAUUUCCAAGAGUUCCCUUGAUCAAAGUGGCCGGGCCGUUGAUCAUAGUACAGCUGCUUGAAACCACUCUCUUGACACUGGUGAAUUAUGCAAGUUUAAUGGCUACAAAUGCCGCUCGCUAUCGUAUGGUCGCCGGGAAGCAUAUACACCUGCUCGAGUUUGGAUUGCGCCGAGCGCAGGGUCCGGACGGAGGACUUUCCGCGUCCAAAUAUUCCUACAUAGGUGGUUUCGAUGGCACAUCGAACGUGUUGGCCGGCAAGCUGUUUAACAUUCCAGUGAAGGGUACCCAUGCCCACGCGUACAUCACAUCGUUCACCGGAAUCGACGAGCUGAAGACGCGCGUUCUCCUCCACAAGGAAGAUGGUACUACCCGCGAUUUGCUGGAGCUGGCAAUGGAACAUCGGGCGGCAAUAGCGAGCGUGCUGGACGUCUCCACGGACGAGAGUAGCGAGGGCGAACUGGCUGCCAUGGUGUCCUUUGCGAUCGCGUUCCCGGACGGGUUUAUGGCACUAGUCGACACGUACGAUGUCAAGAGCGAUAAAUUUCCGGGCGAAGCAACGGAGGAACUGUGCGAUCCAACCGAUAGUGUGGUGUGCGAUCCAACGUGUGCCGGUCGGUUGCACGAUCUGGAAGACGAGGAAUCGCUGCGUCCAUCGGUCGUUUCUUGCAACCCAUUGCCGGAAAUACCGGAAGAAGAGUGUUGUAACGGGUGCUGUGCGGAUGAUGAGGAAAGUCGUUGUGCUCAGCAUGCGGAAGUGGCGGAGGACGAAGCGACACACGGCGAGGAAACUGUGGACGAGGAGGAAAAUGACGAGGUGCCUGUACCGGACGAUUCCUGCCAUGAUCCACCACCGUCCAUUACCGUGGAAGAUGAGGAAUGUGAACCGGUUGAAGAGACCGAACUGCUGGUGAUAGUGAAGGAGAGCGAUGAAAAUGGCAAUGAAGAUAUUGAGGAUCAAAAUGUACGUAAAGAGGCGGACGAUGAGGAAGCGGCCGAGCUUGAGGCGCAGAAUCAAACUGAAGCUCCGGAAGGCGAGGAUGAGAUUACCCGUUGCGCGAACUGUGAAGCAUUGAACACCAUGAUCCAUCACCUCAAGUCCGUUGGAAAGUCCUUCAGGAGUGGUUUGCUGAACUUCUGUGCCGUCGCACUAGCGCUAAACGACCAGGGUUACCGGGCGAUCGGUAUACGCAUCGAUUCGGGCGAUCUGGCGUACCUGAGCUGUUUGGCGCGGGAAACGUUCGAGCGGAUUGCGGAACGUUUCAAGCUGCCGUGGUUCAGCAAGCUGACGAUUGUCGCGUCGAACGACAUCAACGAGGAUACGAUACUGAGCCUGAACGAACAGGGUCACAAGAUCGAUUGUUUCGGCAUUGGAACGCAUCUGGUAACAUGUCAGCGUCAGCCAGCACUCGGCUGCGUCUACAAAAUGGUGGAGAUAAACAACCAGCCACGCAUCAAGCUGAGCCAGGACGUGGGCAAGGUGACGAUGCCGGGCAGCAAGAACGUGUUCCGGCUGUACGGUGCGGACGGGCACGCGCUGAUCGAUCUGCUGCAGCGCGUCGAUGAAAAUCCGCCCGAGGUUGGCCAGAAGGUGCUGUGCCGCCAUCCAUUCCAGGAGUCGAAGCGGGCGUACGUCAUCCCGACGCAGGUGGAACCACUGUACCGGGUGUACUGGACCGAGGGCCGGGUAGCGCAGGUGCUGCCCUCGCUCGAGGAGGUGCGCGAACGUGUGCAGGCAUCGCUGAAGACGUUGCGCCAGGAUCACAAGCGGACACUGAAUCCGACCCCGUACAAGGUGGCCGUGAGCGAUAAUCUGUACAACUUCAUCCACGAGCUGUGGCUGCAGAAUGCACCGAUCGGCGAACUCUCAUGAUAAGUCGGUUGUGAGGCAAAGGAUGAGCAGCCCCGAGAUGUGGAGCCCCGUUUCUUCUUCUCACACCUUCUAAAGGUGUGCACAGUUUUUACCGGAUGCAACAUUGAUGCAGUGUUGCUUGUUUUAAUUGCGGUUUGUUUUUUUGCUCGAUUUUUAUUUAAUCCAAUUUUAAUUUUUUGUUACCCCUGGUUGUUGUACGUGUUUUUAACGGUUACAAACCGAUUCAAACCUUUUUGUUUUGUUUGUUUUUCCUGGCCAUCCAGCAUCAUUUUUAACUUCCGAACUUAUAAGUGCGUGUGACGGUGUUUGUUUUAGGAUAUUAAUUGUGGAUAAUGUGUGCGUGGAUAGUAGUAUUUGUAGUCGAACAUUUUGUGAUCCAUUUGGCGCGUGACGUACCCGUGUGCGUUAGUGACGAUUCCCGAUCUGACUUUGUCCGCGAGAGUUUCGCUGAGUACAGUUCGGUCCACUACGGAAUGUACCGACGGAGCGAGCGAUUUGUGUUGGUUUUUGCGCCAAGUGCAAUUGUAUCGUGUAGCAGCAGAAGCAAAUUAGCAAAGCAAUGCCGUUUGUUGGUGUCUCUCGCUCUCAUGUCUCAUGGCGACGAGUAACAGUUUCCGCUAGAUAUUAUGUAGCUCUUUCCCUCAAAAAAAGAAAAACCAGUUGGUUUGAGUGAAAGCUUAUUUUUAAUGGAAUAAAACAGAACCAGAUUUGUUACAGCCAUCAAAAAAAGGAAAGAAGCAAACUUCUCAACACGUUGUUAAAACACAUAUAUUUACAGUCAUUCCUUUCCCAUUGGCAUUGGCUCCCGGCUUGGGGAGUCUGGUCGGGGAAAUAGCGUUGCAGCAUGUAAUCUCUUAACUAUAAUAGUAGUACCUAUUGCACCACGUAAUAAAUGCCGCAAACGGAUGUUAGUGACAGGAGUAUAUUGAAUCCUUCCCAAAGGACACUAUUUCUUACAUAGCUAAAAAGCCAGCACGUAGAUUUGAACGUUCUCGAAGGGCAGAAGGAACCACAAACUGUACAACACGGACAAUUUGCAUAUCUUCCAUAAAAAAACCCCAGCUAGGACGUGAAAGGAAGUUAGCAAGCAGAUGGUUCAGCAGUUGCAUCUAGGUAUAGCUCCCAGGCCCACGACGACGGAGUCUUGUGAUAUGUUGUCAGAUGUAUGGUAACCGUGAGCGUUUAAUGAAUAUAACUAUUACAUUACACUUAUUUGAAAUUGGUAACGUUCUAACGUAACGGAUUUGGUACACACAACAAAACUUUGGCGCAAACGUGUGCAAAAUGUUGCAAAAUGCAAACACAUCACCGUGCCUUACAGAUACAGGAUCCACGAAGCGAUGUAGCGAGUAGAUUUCGAUGGCAUUACGCCACGAACCCAAGCACAGCAGAGAGCAUGACGAUAGCUGAGAUUCGCCCUGAGCUAAAUAGAACGCAUUGAAUUGUGAUAGUUUUGUUCUUCGCCACGAGCGGAUGCAACCACAUGCAAAUACUACUAAAAUGACGGUUAGUUCUUUAAAAAUAAGCAUUCACGAUGAUUCUUCUUUAAAGGUUCUUUCUUUGUCUCCAAUGUAAUUCCUGCAAACGCAAACACACAAUUAGCCUGUAAUGCAAUGUGACUUUAAACUCCUAAACACUGCACUGCACGAUGCAUUCCUACUACUAGCGAGGGGGCAAGGGCAACAACCAAUAAUGCAAUACACACAGCCGUCGUGCGUGGUUGAACUUCACCUUUACACCUUCCCGAAGGAGGUAUCUGUUGUUUUGGAAUGGAAUAGAACACUUAGCUAUUGUUGGUCGAGUGGCGUGUGAUAUGUAGCUUGGCGAGCUACAACGAAACAAACACGAAUAAUGUAUAACAUGAUAGUGCACAAUGUUAAAUGUGGAAACAGGAAACACACAGCUGCAUCAUCCGCGGAAUGGAAUAAAAAUGUUGUUUAAGGAUUGAGUAGAAGAGAGCGAAGGGAGGGGGUACCGCUUAA